UUCUAUUAAAUAAUUCUAGUAUUUAUUAGUAAUUUGUGUUAAUUACAGUAGACUAGAUUUUCUGUAAGCCCAAACCCUACUUGAGCGUGGAGCAGAUCAAGUUAGGAGAGGUAGAGAUUAAAAAGUAAACUAGACCACAAAAAUGUCGGACACAUCUAUUCCGCCGCCGGUACCGCCGGUGAAGAUGGCGGAGAUAGAAGGGAAGGGCAGAGCACUAGUUACUACUCAGCCGCUAAGAGCUGGACAGAUCGUCCUCAGGGAUUCCCCAAUCCUACUCUAUUCUGCUGCUCCUCUUCUGAAUCACGACAAUAAAUACUGCUCCCACUGUUUCAGAACAAUCCUUUCGCCUGUGGUGAUGGUUUCUUGUCCUUGGUGCUCUUCUGCUUCACUCUUCUGUAACCCCGAAUGCCGCUCCGUCGCUCUAUCCUCUUCCCACACCCAAUGGGUCUGCCAGGCCCUCAGCCGCCUUCGAGAAGCCAAUUCUCCUCUUCUCCACCGCCAGCAGGACUGUCAAGUCCAAGCCCGUUUUCUCGUUGCAGCCUACAACCUGGCCGUGGUGUCCCCUUUAAAUUUCCAGACUCUUUUGUCCCUUCAAGGUGACUCCAUUUCGUCACAAGAUGACGCUACUCUUUUCCUCCAUUCCGUCAUUUCCUCUAUUUGUCCACCACCUAAUCACAGCCAAUUUGGCUUUUCGGCCUCGCUGUCUGCGGUCCUUCUGGCCAAGGAUAAGCUCAACGCCUUUGGUUUGAUGGAGCCUUUUGCGCAACACAAAGAAAGGUCCGUGAGGGCCUAUGGUGUUUAUCCCAGGGCUUCUUUCUUCAAUCACGAUUGCCUCCCUAAUGCCUGCAGGUUCGACUAUGUUGACUCUGUUGCUGAUCACGGUAACACUGAUAUCAUUGUCCGGGUUAUUCACGACCUUCCUGAAGGCAGAGAGAUAUGCUUGAGUUAUUUCCCUGUCAAUCUCAAGUAUUCAGAAAGGCAGCGCAGGCUGAAGGAGGAUUAUGGUUUCGCCUGUGACUGUGACCGUUGCAAGGUAGAAGCCAAUUGGUCUGAUGAGGAAGAGGGAGAGGGAGAGGGAGAGGGGGAGGAAGAGGAAGAGGAAGAGGCUCCCAUGGAUGAGGAUUCUGACGAGGAUAUGGCUCACGAUUCUGAGACUGAGGACUGUGGUUUGGCCAAAGAGGACAAUGGUUUCCCCCAUGCUUAUUUCUUCCUUCAGUACAUGUGUAACAGAGACAAUUGCUGGGGCACAUUGGCUCCCUUGCCUCCGGCAGAUUCUGUUCCAUCUACCGUCAUGGAGUGCAAUGUAUGUGGCAACUUGAGUAACUCUGAACAACCAAUGGAUGGAAAUGAGCAAUUCCAUUGAUUUCUGUUACAACUAAUAAGAACUCCAGUCCCAUAGAGUUGGAAGUCCGUUUCUGUUAUGAACUAGGAUAUUGGUGCCAACCUGGACUGCUGGCGUUUUGUUUUGUUCUUUAAAAACUUAGUGUUUGAUUGUAUUUAAAAGUUACUUUCUAGGAAGUUUUGUUAGUGAAAAAAGUAAUUUUGACAAAAUAAGUAACUUAAAAAGGCAACUAGACACGCUUCUUUUCUUUUCGAGGAAUGUCAUUUAACA